GUUGCCUCGCUGGCGGUUGCUCUUUUUGUGCGAAGAAUUUUCAAAUUGUAUAAAACCUGGAGCUGUUAGGAUAGAAGUUUCCUGCGAAACUUCACGAUUUGUGACACAGCUGGAGUUGAGCGAUGAGUGCAGACAUGGUCUCUUCCCUCCCGAGCGGGGACGUCACAGCGGAGGGCAGAAUCCCUUUGGAGCAUCUGGACUACGAGUACAUCCAAAACUGCACUGACCUCCGGUAUUUGGAAAAGAUCCUUCACGUCCUGAGGUCUGGCAAAGAGGGUGUGUACCCUCACCUGAUAGAGUUCUGUGAGAGUCGGAUAGCAAAGCUGGAACCCAAGAGCCGGGCCCUACGCAAGGACCAGCCCCCGGCAACAGCUGCCAGUUUCUCCAUGAUCGAAUGGAACCAAAUCACUGAAGACCUGGAGGCUUGGGAGACUGAAGCCAAGCAGAACGAUCUGGAAAUUCAGCAGCUUCCUCUCAUCGAUGACAUGGGAAAAGUGCCGCCCGUGCGUGGCUCAAACGCCUCCGUCCCUCUGACACAGAAUUCGGUUAGGAGUGGAGCCGGGGUAAACGGAAAGAAGUCGGCUCUUCCAAGGGAUUACCGAGAGUGGGACAGGUUUGAUGCUGAAAAGGAAUGUAACGCAACUGAUGGAAACGUUCCGGAAAAGAGUUCUCGAACCGUUGUCAAUCAAAGUCUUCCAAAAAUCAGCCGAAGACUGGACGCUGCAGGACUGGGUGAAAAAGAGCGCGAGAUCCUGGCAAACCGAGAGAAGGAAAAAGGGAAUGAGGCGUUCAAGGCCAACGAUUACGAAGAGGCUGUGGUUUACUACUCAAGGAGCUUGUCGGCGAUGCCCACGGCCGCCGCUUACAACAACAGGGCCCAGGCGGAGAUCAAGCUGCAGCAGUGGCACAACGCCCUCAAUGACUGCCAGCGGGUUCUGGAGCUGGAACCGGGCAACUUGAAAGCUCUGCUGCGUCGUGCAACUGUGCAGAAACACCUGGGUAACCUGAAGAAGGCGGCUGAGGAUCUGAACGAGGUGCUGCAGACCGAACCGCAAAAUGCUAUCGCAAAGAAAAUGAUGCAUGAAGUGGAAGACAAGCUCGGCAAUCAAACGGGGAGUUAUGACAAGGGCAGGAGGAUCCUCAUCGAAGAAGUGUGUGACGAAGAUGAGGGAGCUCCUCCAGCUCCUCCAGCUAAACCCGGCCUAGGCGUGGGAGGAGAGUGCGUCGCUGCUCCUUCCGACAGGGGAGACAUGGGGAACGCGCAGAAGAAGUCGCCGGGCCGGGGGGACGGCCCCCCCCGCGGCGAGCCCGGCUCCCACGGGUCACAGCGCCGGGGCAAGAGGGGCAGCGCAGACCACCACGGAGCGCCGGAGCAGCAACGGAAGGAGCUGGCCAACGGGGCCCAGGGGGCGGGGAGCCACGAAGCGGAUCAAAGCGGCGGUGGCGGCGGCGCCGGAGCCCACGGAGAAGACGGCAGCCGGCUCGACGACGUCCCCUGCGGGGCCCUUCCCCCACCCCUGGCUCGGCUCAAGCAGGAAGGAAACCGGCUCUUCAGGAACGGACAAUUUGCCGACGCGCUGGACAAGUACAGCCGGGCGAUCGCGGGCUGCACGGACGCAGGGAUCGACAGCCCGGAGGACCUCGCUAUUUUGUACUCCAACAGAGCAGCCUGCUACCUGAAGGAUGGGAACAGCGCAGACUGCAUCCAGGACUGCACCAAAGCCCUGGAGCUGCAGCCCUUCUCGCUGAAGCCCCUGCUGCGUCGGGCCAUGGCCUACGAGUCGCUGGAGCGCUACCGCAAGGCCUACGUGGACUACAAGACCGUCCUGCAGAUCGACGUAUCGGUGCAGGCCGCUCACGAUGCCAUCCACAGGAUCACCAAGCUGUUGAUCGAGCAGGAUGGCCCCGACUGGCGGGAGAAGAUUCCCGAGAUCCCGCUGGUGCCCCUGUCAGCCCAGCAGCACCGACGUGAGGAACCCCCGAGCGAGGAGGUGGCCCAGGCUCGCGCCGCCAGGGCUGCGGAACAGGCGGCCAGGAAAGCAGAAGUGCGCUUCUCUGCAUUGAAGCAAGAAGGAAACGAGUGUGUGAAGAAGGGACGGUACCAGGAGGCACUGGGCAAGUACAGCGAAUGCCUUGCGCUGAAGCCCGAGGAGUGUGCCGUUUACACCAACAGAGCGCUGUGUUACCUGAAACUGGAGCGCUUUGCGGAAGCCGAGCAGGACUGCGACUCCGCCCUGAAGCUGGAGCCCUCCAAUAAGAAGGCGUUUUACAGACGGGCGUUGGCCUACAAAGGCCUUCAGGACUACCUGGCAUGCAGCUCAGACCUCCAGGAGGUGCUGCGCCUGGACCCCAACGUGCAGGAGGCGGAGCGGGAGCUGGAGGAAGUGACGGUGCUGUUGAGGCAGAGCCUGGCGGAGGGCUUGCCGGACAAGCAGAGGAGGACCGUCCCCAUCAAAGAAGUUGAUGGCAGCGACGAGGAGACGGACACGCCGAACGGCCCCGGUCCCGACGCGACGGAGAACCACAGGCCGACCCCCCGGCCCACCGACGCCUACGAGUUCAGCCAGGCCCUGAACGCAGCUCGGUCCCGGAGCGACGUGGCCGCGUGCGGAGAGCUCCUGAGGUCCGUCCCGCCCGAGACUCUGCCCCUCUUCGCGAGCAGCACCCUGGAUGCAGACACCCUCAGCUUCAUCUUCCGGGCGCUGGACGAGCAGCUGCUCCAGGAGGAGCCCGACCUCGUUUACCAGCACCUGAGCCACCUGCACGCGGCGGAGCGGUUCUCGGUGGUGCGGAUGCUUUUGGGCAAAGAGGAACAGCAGCGAGCGGCUCAGCUGUUCGAGGGGCUUUCGGCUGCGCGGGGCACCGCGUUCACAGCCACCGACGUCAAGAACCUGGCCAACAAAUACAUCUAAGGGCUCCCGGUUUCUCUCGCAUGCGUUGGAGAGGACGCUCUAUGCAACCGCACCAUUCCAAAACACUAUAAACAUAUCGAAACGGAACGAAAUGCACCAACAUCUCCAUUGGAUCGAAAACCGUGACACGGCCUUUUUCAGGGAGGGCUUUGCGCUACUUUGAGGUUGCAGGCAUUCUUUCUACAUUCUUUCUCCGCAGAGGCAUCGCCGCCUUUACGAACACACAGUUUUGGCUGCGAAGGUACAGACAUUCCCGUUUAAAGGAAAUGUUGUGCUUUAAGUUUGCGGUGAGGAUAACUAGUGAAAGUAGAGCACCACGGAGGGUUUGGGACUCCGGGCACACAGGUGGGUAACUGUCUUCUGAAUACCGGAUGGCUGGUUUGUUACUUUGUCCCAACGCUGUUUAAGUACAUCACAAAUUUUCCAUCUUGUUUUGGGCAGCAGGUGGAAGAGUGGUUAAAGCCAUCUCCUUGUAAGCAAAGGCUGUGCGUUCAAGUCUCUGCUCCUGCUGUAGUACCCUUGGUCAACCUUACCCCGAGUUGAUACGGUAAUAAUUACCCUACUCUAUAAAUGGGUAAAUCAUUGUAAGUAGCGCAGUGUCCAAACCUAAGAUUGUCGCUUUGGAGAAAACGGGUCAGAUAAGAGUAAAUGAGUAAUGGCAAAUAAUUUUCUCCUCCCUGGAAGUGGAGUAAUCAGUAACAUCUGGAAAAGGUUUUUCUCUGUCCAAACAUCUUCGUUCAUGAGACGAGUGCCGUGACACAAUGAAAACGCAUUAAUUCUUUGGUGCUCGCAGGACAUGGCUAUUGAGACCCAUGUAGCGGAAGGGGCCACACCGCAGGGCAUCCUCCUGCCUUU